AAAGAUCUAAAUUAGUAUCCUAGCACCUUUUUCACUUCCCUUCCUUUCCCUUUCUCUUCUCAAAAACACAAUUACACAAACCACGCUACUUCACAUGUUUCUUCACCUCUAACUCAUUUCCCACUCACUCAAUCUCACUCUAUAUAACCAAAAACCCCAAAACACAAAAACUUAGUAACAAAAUGACAUUAACUCUGAAAGGAGGAAGCAGACCACCAUGGGUAGGAUUAGGAGCAGCAGUUUGGGUACAAAUAGCCUCAGGAAACACUUUUACUUUUCCUUUAUACUCACACUCUUUGAAAUCUGUAUUAGGUUUUAACCAAAGACAAGUUACACUUCUUGGUGUAGCUAAUGAUAUUGGUGAAAACGUUGGUUUGCUUCCUGGUAUUGCUUGUAAUAAGUUCCCACCUUGGUUAAUACUUUGUGUUGGUGCUUUUGCUUCUUUUAUUGGUUAUGGUGUUCUUUGGCUUGCUGUUUCUCAAACACUCACUAAUCUUCCUUACUUGUUGCUUUGGUUUGCCCUUGUUAUUGCUACCAACAGUAGUGCAUGGUUAACCACCGCGGUUCUUGUGACCAACAUGAGAAAUUUCCCUGUUAGUCGAGGCAAAGUUGCAGGAAUCCUGAAAGGUUAUGGAGGGCUUAGUGCUGCUGUUUUCACCGAAAUUUACAGCCUAUUGCUUCAUAAUUCUUCUUCUACGUUCCUCUUGUUUCUUGCAAUUGGUAUUCCAGUUGUUUGCUUCUGCAUGAUGUUUCUUGUUAGGCCUUGUACCCCAGCAUUGGAUGAAGACUCGACAUCUAAUUCUCAUUUUAUAUUUAUCCAAUGUUCCAGUGUUGUCUUGGGUGUAUAUCUUCUUGCAACUACAAUAUUUGGCAAUCUUCUUUCAUUUAGCGUUACAGUUUCCUAUAUUUUGGUGGCUGUGAUGAUUUUUCUUCUCAUGGCUCCAAUUGCCGUCCCUAUAAAGAUGACAUUGUAUCCUAAAUCAGCUUCCAAUUCUGAGCAACAACUUGGAUCAUCUGACUCACUUGGUCAAGGCAAAGAUGACAAAAUAGAGCCACUGCUUGGAUCUUCGUCAACAGGAGCACUUGGAAGCUCGAACGAUCAGGAUAAUUCAUCUGAAAUAGCUAUGCUUCUUGCAUUAGGUGAGGGAGCAAUAAAGCAGAAGAAGAGAAAGCCUAAACGCGGGGAAGAUUUCAAGUUUACUGAGGCCAUAGUAAAGGCUGAUUUCUGGCUACUGUUUUUUGUUUAUUUUGUUGGUGUUGGCACUGGUGUUACUGUUCUCAAUAAUCUAGCCCAAAUAGGUAUUGCACAAGGUGAAGAAGAUACCACAACCUUGCUAUCAAUUUUCAGUUUUUGUAAUUUCGUUGGUCGGCUUGGUGGAGGAGUUGUUUCAGAGCAUUUUGUCAGGACAAAAUUGAUUCCAAGAACAUUCUGGUUGACAUGCACGCAGACAGUCAUGCUAUUGGUAUACCUUCUGUUUGCCUUUGCUGUCAACGGAACCCUUUAUCCUGCAGUUGCAUUUCUUGGUGUCUGCUAUGGUGUCCAAGUUUCCAUAAUGAUCCCGACCACUUCCGAGCUUUUUGGUUUGAAGAACUUUGGCGUAUUUAGCAACAUCAUGUCAUUGGGAAAUCCACUUGGAGCAACCCUAUUCUCAGCUCUGCUAGCAGGUUCUAUAUAUGAUAAAGAGGCAGCAAAACAGCACGGUAUUAACCUUCUUGCUUCUGGUGUUUCCUGCGUCGGUGCAAGUUGCUUUAAGUUGACGUUUUUCAUUCUUUCUGGUGUUUGUGCUGCUGGUAUCAUCUUGAGCAUUAUUCUGACUUUGAGAAUCAAGCCUGUUUACCAAAUGCUAUAUGCGGGAGGCUCUUUCAGACUUCCUCAAACUACUUCGAGUCGCUAAGAUGGCAGUAAAGUUAAACAAUGAAUAAAAACAGAAACAGUCUAGGUCUAUUAUUAUAUACCAAUGGCUGUGGUCUCCCCUCCUUGUCUUUCACUGCUAUGUAUACAUAGUUGAGCAUCAAUGACACCACCUUUUUAGUCGUAUGAAGUUCAAAAUUUUGGUAUGUCACAUGUACAACACCUUUCUUAGCAUGCUGGUUAGGCUUAAAGAUGAUACUGGCCAAUGAGAAAUGAGUUUGGGCUAAUGACUUGAGUUUUAAGGAAUAGAAAUAUGAUCUCUACUAUGUGUGUAUAAUGAUCUGUCGGCUCCAUAUGUGACGAUGCAAUCACUGAGAUAUAUAUAUGUAUGUGUAUUAGCUAUUAUUUUCGUUUGUCUGAAAUUUUCAACUUAAUUUGCUUUUGUGAUUGUUCAUGCAUUUGACAAGUAAUGUUAUUGUAUUUUUUAUUAUUAGUACUGAUAUUUAUACAGAAAUGUUAACAAA